ACGACAUGGAAAAACCAAAGUUUGCAUUCUCAGCUGUCACUGCUAAAGUGCAAUUCAAGCUUUGUGAAGAAGAACCAGUUUAUGCUAUUCCCGCAAGCAUCAACCAGUAUUUGAGGGAUUAUCAGAGAGAUGGUGUAAAAUUCCUUUAUGAGAACUACACGCAGAAAACCGGAGCCAUUCUAGGGGAUGACAUGGGCCUGGGAAAAACUGUUCAGGUGAUUGCUUUCUUGUCUGCGUUGCUGAGGAAACAGGGCAACAGAGAAGAUGUCAUGAGGUUAAAGCCUAAGUUCAUAAGAGAGCUUUCAGACACAGAAAGGCUUGACGACCCUGCCAUCCGUAAGCCUUUCCUCAUCAUUGGCCCAGGUAGUGUUCUAUACAACUGGCUGGAUGAACUGGAAACUUGGGGCUACUUUACAGCAAGAAAAUAUCACGGAUCGGAUAAAUUCCAGACAUUGGCUGAGGCGAAGAAAGAGAAGAUCGAGAUUGUGGUGACAACAUAUGAAACCUUCAGAGACAAUGUGGAUGAACUGAACAGUGUAAAGUGGUGUGCAGUGAUUGUGGAUGAAGUACACAGAAUCAAGGGUCUGACCUCCCAGACGACAGCUGCCUUAAGGAAGAUACACACCCCCUGUAGGUUUGGACUGACUGGUACUGCCUUACAGAACAAUGUCACAGAACUCUGGUCUAUCUUAGACUGGGCACGCCCUGGUUUCCUAGGCAACUUGAAGUCAUUUGAAACAGAAUUUGUCAGACGUAUUGAGAGAGGUCAGAAGCACGAUGCUACAAAGAGGGAACUAGCGGAGGCCAGGAAAAUGAAGGAAAAGUUUGCGAAUCUUCGCAAUAAGAUGAUGUUGAGACGAACAAAGAAGCUCAUAGCUGACCAGUUGCCUGAAAAGGAUGAUAACAUUGUGUUCAGCAAGCUGACAACUCUGCAGGUGGAUGUGUAUAAGGCUAUUCUGAACCAUCCGGACAUGAGGCUGAUCUUGUCCAUGGAGGACCCCUGUCAGUGUGGAAGUCAGAAACCUCAAGUCAAGUGCUGCCGCCAGACAUCUUCAGAUGGAACCCCAGUUCGCAAUUUGAUGUUCACUUACAUGAGCCUCCUGAUGAAAACAGCCAAUCAUGUGGCUCUUCUUAUUCCAAACAAAACAACCAGUGAGGGCCAGCGAAAACAUGCAAAGGAAAUUUGUGAAAUUGCUUUUGCGAAACACCCACAGUUUGUGUCCCAGGCUUCUGAGGCUUCGUUCAGAACUUUGUCAGACCCCAAGUAUUGCGGCAAAAUGAAGAUUCUGAAGGGGCUGCUGUCUGUUUUCCGAAAAAAACACAACAAGAUUUUGCUCUUUUCUUACUCCACCAAGUUGCUGAGUAUCGUGGAGCAGUACGUGAUAAGUGUGGGAUACGAGUACAGGAGAAUCGAUGGCAGCGUCAGUAGUAAGAAGAGGAUGGACAUUGUCAGAGAGUUCAACAACGACAAGAACAUUUUCAUCUGUCUCAUAUCCACCAAGGCUGGAGGGUUAGGCCUGAAUUUGACAGGUGCUAAUGUGGUGAUUAUAUUUGACCCUAACUGGAACCCAAGCUAUGAUCUGCAGGCUCAGGACAGAGCCUAUCGUAUCGGACAGAGACGCAACGUUCAGGUGUUUCGUCUGGUAUCAGCCGGGACAAUAGAGGAGAAUAUCUACCUGAGGCAAGUUUACAAACAGCAAUUGGACACCGUUGCUGUUGAGAUGGGAAAUGCAAAGAGAUAUUUCCAUGGCAUCCAAGGUGACAAACAUAACAAGGGCGAAUUAUUUGGGUUGAAAAACAUGUUCAAGUUACAGACAGGUGAACACUGUCUGACUAUGGACAUAUUGAAAAGAAAUGAAAACUUGGAAGCCGGAUUGAAGAAUUUUGACAUUGUGGAGUAUUUGCCCUGUUCCAAUGAAUCUCAGGAGAGCGACUCAGCGGGGAUAACUGAUGGAGCUGGUGGUCAGUCCAGUGAAGAUAGCUCAGAUGAGUUUGGAGGGUUAAUGGACAUGUUUCUCGACCAGCAGAGUAGAGAAGAUGGAGACCAAGAAGAGGGUACUGGGAGGUCAAGGGAGAAAACUGUAGCUAAUGUACAUGCGAGAACUCAUAAAUCCAGCAGAGUUGAUGAGAAUUCUGUUUCUGAGGAUGCCAGUGCAGGCACACUAAGGGGAGAUAACUCAAUAGUCCGUGAGCCCCCGUCAUCCACAUCAAAACCUGGCCCGCAGCCAAAGCUCAACAAAAGUAAAGGCAAAGGUCCUGGCAAAAGGAAAACUGUCCAGUUUGUUGAUAAAGGAGAAAGCCUUCCUGGAUCAUUUGGCUCUGUUGCUGAAGUUUUAGAUCACUGUGGUGUUCUCCACGUCCACAAGAACCCACAGAUGAUAGGGUCGAGUAGAGCUGAGGAUCACAUGAGUCGCUGUGCCAUACAGGACGUCUUCGAGCUCCACGUCAACUCUCAGAUACCCGCUAUCCAGUGUCCACCACUCUCCCAGCCUUCAGACAGCGAGGAGUCCGACACAGUGGUGAAGAAGCCAGCAAAGGUGUCCAAAUCACAUGGCCCUAGUUACAACCAAUCCUGUGCGAGAAGCAUAGGCAGUACAAGGAUUCUUAUUGGUCAAACUCCAAAGGCAAUAAAGAGAGAACAGUUUGAGAAGUUGGCAGCCUUCAUGAACUGUGGUUCACAGACAGAUUUUGCUGAGCAGGUGCUGAGUAUGUCUGUUACACAGCGAGUGGAACUGCUGAAUUCAUUCUAUCACACCCAGCAACAAGAGUUGUUCCCCCUGUUUACAGUCGCGCCUGUCCCAGAGCAGACACCACCAAGAUCUCGAUUAGUUAAAGAGAAAGGUAUCUUAUGUUAGAUACUUUUAAUUAAAGAAAUGACACAG